AUGGCUGCUCGAACCUUAGACAGAAUGCGCAAGGCUCAGUCCCUCAUUCGCGAAUGUCAUGAGUGGCUUGUGCAAAGCAACGAGAUGCUGCUGGCAGUUGAGUUAUGCCAAAUAGAAGGCAGACUCGCACUUUUCUUUGAGAACAGAUGUUUUGCCAAUUCUCCCUGUCCCGGACUUCAACAGGAAGAGCUUCCCCGUCUUCCCCCAUUCAAUGGCUACAGGCGCAGAAACCGCCGUGGAUCCUACAACGGGUACCGCAGAGCUCACCCAGCUAACAGGAGCGGGACCGAAGCCCCCGCAAGUCGCGCCGAUGGCGGACAAAAUGUCCGGGCUCAGGCAGCGGCAAGUACCUCUAGGGCCAAAGUGAGUGGCUUGACCUGCCCUGAUGCCGACCCCAAGCCCCCUCGGGCUCGAGUUGUCGUGACAAGACCAUCACCGCCAAGCGGCGUGCUCUUGGAUUUCGACAACGACGUGGAAUUCGUCCAAUUGCCACAGAAUAUGGUGACCGAAAUGGAAAAAUCACUGACUGCCGAUUUCAAAUCAAAGGGAAAGCAGCACUUAUCAAAGUGGCCAGCUCCGGGGGUCUCGGUCAGGGUAGAGGGUGACGAUAAAUCCCUCCACCAGACCAAUGCUACUGCGGCCCAUGCCACCUCAGCAGGUCUGGACGCCCCCGCCGGCAGCUACUGUUCUCCCCCGGCUGAAGAAGGUGUUGCCCCAGUCCCGUCCCAACUACGAUUGCCAGGUUCGCCAGUAUCCGGCUCUCCUGAGCGCACGUCACCUCAUACAUCGCAAACAAAUCAGGGGGUGCAUGAGAUUGCCGAGAACCAAAAAGGCAAUUCUAUGAAUUGUGAGGGGGUCCCUGUGUCGACCAUCACAAGAGGCGAAGGAAUGUUGGUUGAUCUUGACGAAAAUCUGGCUGUGAUCCUUCCCAUUGGGACCGAGGCAGACGCAGGCGGCACUACUGAUCCAGAAGAAAAGGCUAUUCUUGUAGCUAGCUUUAAUUCUGGGGUUGAGUACAAUCUUCAACUAGAGGAUUUGGAAGACGAUGAAAUCGUUUUCCAGGGAAACGCAGCAAAGGGCAUCUGUUCGGAUUUCAAAGCCUUGUUUGUCGGUUCAGACGAUGACUCUCAAACCGCUCGUCGUACCAUUGAUCUCAAAGCAAUCUUUGAGAAAUAUUCUGAAGUGGUCAUUUGCAGGUGA